CUGCCGAGCCCACAACAGUCCUAACCCGCCUGCGACACAGCGAGGAAGGCAGCGCGCAGCCCGCAGCCGAGCGCACCUGGGGAGCAGCGCCUGAGCGGUCACCGCGCCAUGUUUCACCCCGCCGAGCACGCCCAGGACUGGGCCAUGGAGGGCCCUCGGGACGCGCUCAAGAAGGAGCGGCUGCUGGACGACCGCCACGACAGCGGCCUGGACUCCAUGAAGGACGAGGACUAUGAGCAGAUGGUGAAGGAACUGCGGGAGAUCCGCCUGGAGCCGCAGGAGGCGCCGCGCGGCGCCGAGCCCUGGAAGCAGCAGCUCACCGAGGACGGAGACUCGUUCCUGCACUUGGCCAUCAUCCAUGAGGAGAAGGCACUGACUAUGGAAGUGGUCCGCCAAGUGAAGGGAGACGUGGCCUUUCUUAACUUCCAGAACAACCUGCAGCAGACUCCACUCCACUUGGCUGUGAUUACUAACCAGCCAGAAAUUGCUGAGGCACUUUUGGAAGCUGGCUGUGAUCCUGAGCUCCGAGACUUUCGAGGAAAUACCCCCCUACACCUUGCCUGUGAGCAGGGCUGCCUGGCCAGUGUGGGAGUCCUGACUCAAAGCUGUGGGACCCAGCAUCUCCACCCUAUCCUGCAGGCCACCAACUAUAAAGGCCACACGUGUCUGCACUUAGCCUCUAUCCAUGGCUACCUGGGCAUCGUAGAGCUUUUGGUGUCCUUGGGUGCUGAUGUCAAUGCUCAGGAGCCCUGUAAUGGCAGAACUGCGCUUCAUCUCGCGGUGGACCUACAGAAUCCUGACCUGGUGUCGCUCUUGUUGAAGUGUGGGGCUGACGUCAACAGAGUCACCUACCAGGGCUACUCUCCGUAUCAGCUCACCUGGGGCCGCCCAAGCACCCGGAUACAGCAGCAGCUGGGCCAGCUGACCCCAAAAAACCUUCAGAUGCUGCCAGAGAGUGAGGAUGAGGAGAGCUAUGAUACGGAGUCAGAGUUCACAGAGGAUGAGCUGCCAUAUGAUGACUGUGUGCUUGGAGGCCAGCGCCUGACAUUAUGAGCUUCGGAAAGUAUCUGAAAGAACAUGGACUUGUAUAUUUGUACAAAAAGAGAGUUUUAUUUUUCUAAGAAAAAGGGGGAAAAAAAAAAAAAAAACCAAAGGGUGUACUUCAAACCACACUGCACACUGCCUGGCCUGAAACAUUUUACUGGGGUGGAUCAGCCCUCAUUUUAUUUUUGUGAACUUUGGAAGGGGGACAAGAAAGAGCAUUGGAAUUCAAAGAAGACCUCUUUUUAAACCUCACCGUUGUGGGGUUUUUCGAGAAGAUGAUCCAAAAUUUGAUGAGAGGACUGCAUUUUAUUUAUUGUGCUUUUUGAUUGAACCACCAUGGAUUCAGUGGCUGUGUCCAGUUGUAUCCUGUGACAUGCAACAAUGAGGUGGUGGUAAACUUUUCAGUGGUGUGGGGUUAAAAGUCACUACCUGUCCAGGUUUGUGUUACCCUCCUGUAAAUGGUGUACAUAGUGUAUUUUGUUGGUAAUUAUUUUGCUACUUCGAAGAUGUAUAUUUAUUAAACAGAUUUUUACAAA